GGGGAUGUCUUCGGUAACAGUUGGUCACGUGCACCAGACGACUGCACUCACUGAAAUCAGCCGAUGAAAGCAAACUGCAGGAGAGGGUGACCUCAAAGUCACGUGACCCACACGAUUCACGCGGUGUACAGGAAGUUGCUCGUCUCCCUGAAGUCCUCACACGUUGGACAAACUCUCGCUUUUCUAUACAAGUGAUCACAAUUCUUACAUUCACACGACUUCUUGUGAAUCUUAGACUAAACAAGUUGUAGUUGACGCAGGCACAGCGACGACUUCAACAGUCGAUGUAUGUCGUGCCGGCGACAGCAACUUGUGGGUCUCUCACCUCCUCAUCAUGCGACACGUCGUCCUCGUCAUCGCCAUCGUCGUCUGCUGUGUGCGAGCUGAAGACUCCUACAUCCGGGAGCUGGAGGUGCUGCGGGAUGUUCGCCAGGUGAAGUGUGUGUACAGUGACCCCAACCUCGUCAUCGUCAAGUUGAGAGAGAUGACAGACGACAACCGGAUAGGGUGGGGCUCCGUCACCCAGAAGAACUGUAGCGGCAACAUCACCUUCCUGGCCUGCGUCAUCAGCGCCUCUAGCAUCGCACUGCACGCCCUCGUCACCGACAUCAGGGACGGCGAGGCUCGCACCUUCACCUGUGAGGCCUCGGUCCUCAGCGGCCCAGGUAACUUCGAGACGAGACAGCUUGGUGACAUCAACGUCAGUAAAGAAGUGCUGUCCACCAGGUCACAGCCUCAGACAGUGACAGCUACGAUGCCCGACUUCACCCUGGAGGCUCACAGCAGUCAGCAAGUCGACAGAUGUGAGCUCUCGGAUGUCCUCAUCAUCGUCAUUGUCUUCCUCGCUGUCUCAGGCCUGCUUAUCAUCAUCCUGCUAGUCCUCUACCUCAGAGCCCGGAGGGAAGUGCUGUCAUCACGUGAUCAGGUCAAGCCAGCCAAACUGAACGGUCACGUGACUAACGGUGUGGGAGGUCAACAGGUCACGCGAGGCAGCUUGUACCUCAACUCACGCUUCCCUCCCCCUGACUGCCAGGCGCCCGACGCCCCAAGAAAGGUUUCUGUCAUGCAGUACCAGAGGCCCCUGCCCUUGUCCUCCGGGGGUCGACUGGCUCAGGCCUCAGAUGCUGAAGGCCAAGGGCAGAGAGGGGCGGCCCCAUACCAGGAGCCCUGGAGUCGUCUGGAUGAGGAGAUCUCCGCCAGUCUGGCCGCCCUCCGCCCCAACCCCCGUAUGUGUCACGUGCCUGGCUUUCAGGCGAAACCGGACAUUACAGACAUUACAGACAUUACACACGCUACACACAUUACAGGCGUUACACACGUUACAGACAUUUCACACAAACCUAUCUCCUCUACUAUUUGCAAUUUAUCUUAAUGAUCUGAAAACUCAUCUCUUAGCAGACUCUGUUAGUGGUCUCCCAGAACUAGCCAAACUGACACCAAAUAACCUCACCCCCCAAGAAACUGAUGUGCUUCUUAAAUUAUUCAUACUCCUAUAUGCAGAUGAUACUGUCAUUUUAUCCGAAACACCAGAAAUCUACAGAAUGCUUUAGACAGCAUGAAAAAUACUGUGACAAGUGGAACCUGACAAUUAACUCAGACAAAACAAAAAUAGUUAUUUUCUCUAGAGGUAAAAUAAGAAAGAAACCAACAUUUGUUUAUAACGGUGAGAAACUUGAAAUAGUAGAUUAUUACUCCUAUCUUGGCCUGAAACUAAACUACAAUAACAAAUUUCUAGUAGCACAAAAAGACCUAUAUGACAGAGCCUCAAGAGCCAUGUUUGCUUUACUGAAAAAAUGUAAAAAGUCACAGCUACCACUAGAUAUUCAACUUGACAUG